AUUAGUUCAGUUGUUUACAAAUAGUUGUACGAAGCUUGUGCGUUGGGUGUGUGAAUAAGCCGGGAGUUAUCUGAAGAUUAUUGAUCCCAGUGAAAAGAAAAGGUUACUCCGUAAUUAUUUGAGUGUUUUUGUAAUAGUACAUAUUGUUAACUUCAAGUAUUGCUAAGACUUUAAAUACUACAUAGUUGUGAUGAUGGACAUAAGGCCCAACCACACUAUCUACAUAAAUAAUUUAAAUGAAAAAGUCAAGAAAGAGGAACUCAAGAAGUCGCUGUACGCCAUUUUCUCACAAUUUGGCCAGAUCUUGGACAUUGUAGCAAUGAAGACUCAUAAGAUGCGAGGGCAGGCAUUUGUCAUUUUCAAGGAAAUCAACAGUGCUACGAAUGCACUUCGUUCAAUGCAAGGAUUCCCUUUCUACGACAAACCAAUGAGGAUCCAGUACUGCAAGACGGACUCGGACGUGAUCGCCAAGAUGAAGGGGACGUUCACGGAGCGGCCGAAGAAGGCGAAGCGCGCGCUGCCCGUGGCGGCGGCCGUAACGGAAGACUCGGCGGUCGACAUGAAGAAGGCCAAGCGCAAGGCGGCCAAGGAGCAGGCCCGCCAGCAGAGCCUGGUGAACGCGGCGCCCGCCCCGGGGGUGGUCCAGCCGCUGGCCCCGGCGGGCGGGUACGGCCAGCCGGUCCCUGUCGCCCACCCGGUUGGACCUGUGUCUGCGGUUCCAGAGCAGCCACCCAACCAGAUCCUGUUCUUGACGAACCUUCCAGACGAGACGAGCGAAAUGAUGUUGUCGAUGCUGUUCAACCAGUUUCCUGGAUUCAAAGAAGUACGUCUGGUGCCAAAUCGUCACGAUAUUGCAUUCGUUGAGUUCGAAAAUGAAAUGCAGUCCGGGGCAGCAAAGGAUGCUUUGCAAGGAUUCAAGAUCACUCCAUCUCAUGCCAUGAAGAUUUCAUUUGCCAAGAAGUGAAUCAUUAAAGUGGUUGACUAUAAAAUUCCUUGGCUGGUAUUUUGUGUGCAGAUACAGGAUAGGCAUGGACUUUUUUUACAUGUAAUUGAUGAAACUUUGUGGACUGAGUCAAAGUACAAUUUCAAACUAAAUAAAAAGUGAGUUAACAGUG